AGUGCAGUGCCAUUCCUUUUCCAUAAAGAAGGAAAAAAAAAAUUCCUUUGCUUGUGGUGGUGAUAGUAGAAAGAGGAUCUUUGUUAUUAAAGGGACUGCCCACUUUUUCCCCACCCAGAAUUCCACAAAAGAACACAGUGUCAUACCUUUUCUCAAUUUUCUAUACCCAUGCCCUUUUCUCUGCCACCUUUGUCCUCCCCCACCGGCAGUCUCCCAACCUCUGCUUUCCAUAAUUAAACAUCACUACAUGCCACUAUGCUUACCCACCCAACAUCACUUCGUCCCCCUCCUCCUCUCUCUUUCUCCUGUACUAGAAUCAAAACAACACCCGUGAGUCCAGUUUCCCACAAAGCAAUGGGGAGGACGCAUGCAGCUCCAUAGUUGAUUUUAAUUUCCUAGUCCUUCUACAAGAUGCUUGGAGAAUGAAAAUACCUAGUACUUGUGUAUUCAAGGGACUGAUUGCUAUCCUGUAUGCAGUUGCUAACUAACAAGGCUUUCGAGUGCAUAAACUGAUCAGAAGCCCUGUGGAAGACUAAAGCCAUGCUCAUAGUAUGUUGCUGAAGAAAUAGUCCAUCUUCCUUGCUCAGCCGGCCACUUUAGAUGCUCCCAGAUAAGACUCAAGAGAACAUGUGAUCUUUUUCCACUAUCAAAUCUGAAGGAGACACAAAUCCAACCUACCAGAUAAGCAUUUCCCUCGGGCUUCAACAUGAACACAUCCAACCAUAUUGAAGCAUCCGAAGAUGUGUCUGAAGUCAGCAGUCAAGUGGCUUCUAACAUCUCUCUCCAACAGUCCUUCCCAUGCCACAACGAGGAGGGUGUGCCCAUCUCUCUGCAGCCUACAUCACUCGACCUCUCGCUCACCGUCAAGUUAGACUCAUCAUCACCAGCUGUUAUCUCCUUGUCGAGCACCAGUGAGAGCAGCAGCGAUACACGUGCUUGCAAUGCUCCCAACCCCCGGAGAGUCUUCUCCUGCAACUACUGCCAGCGUAAGUUCUUCAGCUCCCAGGCCUUGGGUGGCCACCAAAAUGCUCAUAAGAGAGAACGGACUCUUGCGAAGAGGGCCCUUAGAAUGGAUGCAUUCCCAUACGCUUAUGGGAGUAUUGCAUCACUGCCCCUUAAUGGUUCGGUAUUCCACUCACUGGGAAUCAAGGCUCAUUCUUCAGUGCAUCGAGGCAUGGUUAAUGAGAGGCAGGAAAGCAGGAGCAGUCCAAGGUUUGCCCGGGGCUUGCUCGGGCCAAUGCCGGACUUUGCGGAGGAUGAUGAAGUGAAUUUUUACUGGCCGGGGAGUUUCCGGCCAUCGACAAACUCAGGUUUUGAACUGAUGGGGAAUCCUAACUUGAAUCGUUCGACCAGCGAUCCCCUCACAGUUGAGGAGCUUGAUCUUACUCUCAGACUUUGAGUGGUUGGUCUUUGUUGUUGUUCUCUAGUAUUUGCUUUUUAUCUUGAUAUUUUUAUUUUUGUGGACAAGUGUUUCUUCCAAUGUUGUACAGGAAGGUAUGUGAUGGAACAUAUAUAGGUCUUUGCUGUGAGUCUUUUUUCUUUUAUCUAGGCUAAGCUUAAUUUGUUUCCUCGUUGAAUCAUAUUUAGUGAUCGGUAUGUGUUUUUUUUUCCUUUUUCAGAAAAAAAAAUAUUUUGUGCUUGUUAUACUGAUGCUGGAUGUUGCUUGUAUAUUUGGCUAUAUUCAAAUCUAAUGGUUAUUGUUUGCC